AUGGCUACCCAAAGCAUCUCGGCCUCGCCUCCGUCCUCGCCUCCGUCCUCGCCCGAGCAGGCCGCUGCGAGACCUAUCGCGUGUCUGCGCUGCCGCAACCGGCGGUCUUACUGCUCCAAGGAGAAGCCCAAGUGCUCGAGGUGCCGCGAUGGCGCCUUUGAGUGCAUCUACGAAGAGGCGCGCAAGAUUGCCGUCAGCGAGUCAUAUCUGAGAGCACUGGAAGCAAAGGUCAAGGCAUACGAGGGUUCCAUGGCCGAUGACAACGACGAAGAGCUUGAGGCGGAGGACGACCACGUCCUCCUCGGCCCCUUCACCCAGCUGAGCAUCGACAAGCCCUCGACUAGCUUCAAGGGCCCCGGCUCGUCCGACUACUUCCUGCGCAACGUGAGGGAGCUGUCGGGCGUACCCGGCGACGACAGCAGCCUCGACCUCAACCCCAACUUCUACGACCCCGGCGCCCUCCCGUCGCGCCGCCUUUCCGUCAGAAACCACGUGCGCCUGCCCCCCUUCGACAUUGCGCGCCGCCUGUUCGCCGCCCAGUACACGUACAUCGGCACCAUCUUCGCCUUCAACGACCCCGCCGCCUUCGACCUCGAGCUCCUAGCCGCCUACCGCGGGCAGCCGGACCCGGCCGACAAGGACGCCUGCCUCGCCUACGCCAAGGUGCUCGCCACUCUGGCCUUUGGCCAGCUGUACUCGGUCAACCAGUGGAUCGACUUCAAGGGCCCGCCCGGCUUCGAGUACUUCACCCACGCCCUGCAGCUGCUGCCCGACGCCCACGAGGAGGGCUCCAUCCUCUGCGUCGAGACGCUGGCCCUCGUCGGCUACUUCAUGCAGAACAUGAACCGCCGCGACGCUGCGUUUCUCUACAUCGGCAUGGCCCUGCGCAUGGCCAUCUCGCUGGGGCUGCACCAAGAGGUCAGCAGCAGCAGCACCUCAUCACCAUCCGACGGCGCAGGCGGCACGGCCCUCGACGCGGCCGCGCGCGAGCACCGCCGGCGCGUGUGGUGGAGCAUUUACAGCCUCGACCGGAUCCUGUCGGUCAAGUCGGGCAACCCGACGACGAUCCAGGACGACGACAUCGGCGUGCAGCUCCCCUCCCAGCUGCCCAGCGAGCCUACCUACUGCCCGGCCGUGGUGCUGCGGCACUACACGCAGCUGUCACGCAUCCUGGGCGACAUCACCACGGCCAUCUACCGCAAGGGCCCGGCCGCCACUCCCAGAUCGGGCCGCCGGCUGAUGGCGUCGGUGCAGCGCAUCAUCCAGGCGCUGUCGCGCUGGGACCGCGACCUGCCCGACGAGCUGCGCUUCAACCCGGCCAAGCUGGCCGUCAGCCGCGAGAGCGUCAGCACCUUCUCGCACUACUACCAGUGCAUCAACAUGACGGCGCGGCCCCUCCUGUUCCACGUGGUGCAGCGCCGGCUGCGCGCGAUCCGUGCGGACCCAGCCGCCAUGGAGCGCGCCGACUGGAAGGACGGGCUGUCGCAGACGACGGUGCGCGUCAUCGACAUGUGCGUGGCAGCCGCCCACGACACCAUCCACAUGAUGGUGCUGGCGGCGCAGCGCGACCUGGUAGCGACGUACGGCUACAUGGACGGCGAGCACGUCUUCUCGGCGGCCAUCGUGCUGGUGCUCGCGUGCGCCGCGCUGCCGCCCAACGCCACCAGCACGCGCGCCAUGAACGCCGGCCUCGGCCUGCUGCGCGCCAUGGCCGAGCGCGGCAACAGCCACAUGGGCACCCGCUACGAGCUGCUCGCCCACCUGCGCUCCGCCGCCGCCAUGAUGCCCGCGACGCCGGCGGCGGCGUUUACCUCGCCGGCGGCAUCAUUGUUUGGCGUGACGUCGGCGCACGGCAAGCGCGACAGCACUGCCAGCUUCGGCCUGGCGCUGGCGGGCCACGGCGACUAUACUGCGGCUGCCGCUGCUGCUGCCGACGACAUGGCAAUGUUCGUCAUGGCCGACGCUGCCAGGGGCCCGCUGCCCGACGAGCCGUUCCUCGACGAUAUGGGCAACGGCACCGAUUUCAUGCUCUGGGAGGAGGGCUUCGCGAACCCGGCGCUCGAUGCGGGGUAUGAUUUGACGCAGUGGACGCAGGGUGCGUGA